AUGGCUGAAGGCGAUCUUCUAGUGGAGGAGAGUCCCAAUCUCAAGUUCAACGGCAUCUCCGCGCCCGAGCAGAAUGAGGAGGUCGAGGAACAGGAGCCCGACUUUGAUGAUCCCGAUGGCUUUGUCGACGAUAUCGACGACAAUGAACUUCUCGGUGACAUUUUGAAAAACAAGCCCAAGGAGGAUCUUGGCCUGAAGAGUGUCAUCAUCGUUGACGGCAUUCCUCAAGUGGCAAGUGAGCGAUUCGAGAAGCUUCGCACCGUCCUCGUCAAGCUCUUCUCCAAGUGUGGAACCAUCCUCAAGGACUACUUUCCGCUUGACGAGACUAGCACCACCAAGGGGUACUGCUUCUUCGAGUACGAGAACAGCGAACAGGCUCAGGAGGCUCUAAAAACCUUCAACGGCCACAAGCUGGACAAGCACCACGUCUUUUUGGUGAACAUGUUCACCGACAUUGACAAGUACCUCAAUAUUCCGGACGAGUUUGAGGAGCCCACGAAGGGCGAGUACGUGGAGCGGGGCAACCUGCGCGAGUGGCUCCUCGACCCCGACUGCUACGACCAGUACUCGGUGGUGUACGAGGGCGGCGAGUCGACGGCGAUCUACGCGAACGCCACGCCGGAGCCGCUGCAGGUGAAGAAGCGGAACAACUGGACGGAGCAGUCGAUCCACUGGUCGCCGCUGGGCACCUACAUGGCCACCUUCCACAAGCAGGGCAUCGCCCUCUGGGGCGGCCCCAACUUUAUACAGCUCUUCAAGUUUGCCCACGAAGGCGUCACCUUCAUCGACUUUUCGCCCUGCGAGCAGUACCUCAUCACCUUCUCCCACUCGCUGAUGCUGACCAACCAGGAGAACGCCAUCAUCAUCUGGGACAUUCGCAUGCAGUCGAUCAAGCGCGCCUUCUACGCCGAGUCGACGCCCAACAUCAGCUGGCCGAUCUUCAAGUGGUCCCACGAUGACAAGUACUUUGCCCGGGUGCAGGGCAACGACUCGCUGGCCAUCUACGAGUCGGAGAGCUUCUCGCUGCUGGAGAAGAAGUCGCUGAAGAUUGCCGGCAUUCAGAACUUCAGCUGGAGUCCCUCGCAGAACAUUCUCGCGUACUGGGUGGCGGAGGACCAGAACGUGCCGGCGCGCGUCGUGCUGAUUGACGUGCCCGGGAAGCAGGAGCUCCGCUCGAAGAAUCUCUUCUCAGUGGCUGACUGCAAGAUGCACUGGCAGAAGAACGGCGACUACCUCUGCGUCAAAGUCGACCGGUACACGAAGGCGAAGAAGAACGUGGAGCGCAAUGACGCCUCCAAGUACAUCGGCCUCUACUACAACUUUGAGCUCUUUCACCUGCGCGAGAAGCAGAUUCCCGUGGACAGCAUCGAGAUCAAGGAGCCGGUGGUGGCCUUCAGCUGGGAGCCGGUCGGCUCCAAGUUUGCCAUCAUCCACGGCGACGCGCCGAUGCACACCAUUUCAUUUUACGGAAUCAAGCAGGGCACCACCGUGGCGCUUCUCAAGAAAUUUGAACAAAAGAGCGCCAACACGCUCUUCUGGUCGCCCACCGGACAGUACAUUGUGGCGGCGGCGCUGCGCAGCUCCACCUACACGCUUGAAUUUAUCGACACCUUUGACUUUUCGGUGCUGAACACGCAGGAGCACUUUAAGCUGACGGACGUCGAGUGGGACCCCACCGGGCGGUACGUGGCCACCGUAGUCAGCUACUGGACGAAUAAGAGCGACAACGCCUUCUGGAUCUGGUCCUUCCAGGGACGGCUGAUUCGCAAGCAGCCCCUGGAGCGGCUGUGUCAGUUUCUCUGGCGCCCGCGGCCACCCUCGCUGCUCAGCGAGGAGAAGAUCAAGGAGAUUCGCAAGAACCUGAAGAAGUACGCCGACGAGUUCGACACGAAGGACCGCCUGGCGCACUCGAAGCUCUCCAAGGAGAUGAUCGCCAAGCGGCAGGAGCAGGUGCGCGAGUACCGCGAGGUACUUGACCGCAACCGAAAGGAGUACGAGGCGAAUGCCGCCAAGCGACUCGCCCUGCGCGGCCUCACCGAGGCCACCGAGCCCGAGUACGACGUCGAGGAGUUUGAGUUCUUUGUCCGCGAGGAGACGCUGCCCGUCGACUCCUGA